AGCCCAAGACCCCCCAUCUUGCUUUGCUCUGUGCUUUCAUCUGCAAGCUGCAGCUGUUGAGGCAGACAAACGGAACGAAUCGUCGAGGGCAUUUAUUGUUCUUUCGGCAUCAUGGCAGACGCUGAAUCUUACGAAGCGGUGCUUAUAAUUAAAUCUGAAGUUUUCGUUUACAAAAUUCCACCCCGUGCCACAAACCGAGGAUACAGAGCAACAGAUUGGAAUCUUGAUGCUCCUCAAUGGACUGGCAGGAUGCGUUUAGUUGCCAAGGGAAACGAAUGCAUCAUGAAGUUGGAAGAUAAAAAUUCUGGUGAAUUAUUUGCAAAGUGCCCUAUUGAGCAGUAUCCAGGCAUUGCCAUUGAAGCUGUUACUGACUCAUCUCGGUACUUUGUGGUCCGCAUACAGGAUGAUGAUGGCCGUGCUGCUUUCAUUGGCUUGGGAUUUUCUGAUCGAUCAGACAGUUUUGACUUAAAUGUAGCUCUUCAAGAUCAUUUCAAGUGGGUCAAAAAGUCUGAGGAGAUUGAAAAAGAACAGAAAGAUGAUGCUCCCAAGGCAGACCUUCGGUUUAAGGAAGGAGAAACCAUUAAAAUCAACAUGAAAAUAACCAGAAAGGAUGGAAGUGAGGCUACAGCCAAGCCCAAGACAAGGCCCACAGGUAUGGGUGGCAUCCUGCCUCCACCACCAGGAAGUGCUGGCAAAAUCGCUCCUCCUCCCAAAGUGACGCCCACCUCAUCGCCUUCCCACACUGCAUCCAACCCUGUUCCUGGCAUGGACCUUCUCAAUCUAGGAGGUCCUUCUUCAGCACAAGCCGGGUCAUCCCCUGCUACCAGCAAUGCUGAGUCUUGGGGUGAUUUCACAACAGCAAAUCCGAAUCCUCCACCUCAGGCAUCACCCAGCAAUCCCAAUUGGGUUCAAUUUUAAGUUACAUUUUGUCUCAACAAGUACCAAAUGAGUACCAAAUAGAACCAACAAGAUUGCUUAGAGAGUGGUGUAGUUUCAAAACCCUUUACUGCCUAUAUUAGACAUCUUCCGUAAAUUUAUGUAAGGACACCAUUUGAAAAAAAAUAUGAGCUUUGUGUAUAUUGUUAAUUUUAGUCUUCAUUUUCUUUUAUUCCAUCAUAUUACCUAUAUAAUGUUGGAAACUUGGAUGUGUUCUAAUUCUGUAAUUGUUGAUCAUUGUUUCAAAAGUUUAUUCUUUCUGUUUAUUGAAAGAGUAUAUAUAAUAUGACAGUAUUGAUAAAUGUAACCUUGCAAUGCUGAUUCCUGGUAGUCAUAUGCAUGUAGGUAGGUUUGGUUGGAAUGUGUUGAGUGGAAUUAUCCUUGUAUCUUGUUUGUGUGAAUGCGUGAUCUUAGUUUUACUACUGUCCUACAUUUUACAGUUUGGAUCUGGAUAAUGUUACUUCACACUUGAUACAUAGGGUAACAAAAACACCUGUUGUGAAAUCCUCUUCUCAAAUUAAAGAAAGGUUUUUCUUUCUUUUUUAAUGUUAUAGUGGUCUUUUUUGAAGUUAUGAGAUUUUUUUUCUGACUUUUUAAAAAUGCGGUUAGUUUUAAGAAUCACUUUUGUAAAUGAAAGUGCUCAUUUGUUGUUAGUUUGGGAUUAUACAUAUUGCUUCUCAACUGGGUGGGUUGGAAAGUUACAUUUUGACUCUUUCUCUUUGUAGUCAUUGUGUAAAAUGUUGUUAUGCAUCAUACUUUACUUUACAUUCCAUGGCAAUGUUUGCUUGUGUCUCAAGCCUGUACGAUCUUUUGAACCUAUAAAUAACUUGGAAUAGUAUCAUGUUAAGUUAUGAAAAUACUAACUACCUGUUAAAUUUAUUUUAAUUUUCUGUAAAUUAUAUUCUUGUCUACCAGCACAUAUUUUUCUAGUUUGAAAUAAGGUGAGGUUUUAUUAAUUUGGAUAGUUGUCACUGCAAUAUUCAACAUAGUACUGUGCAGUACUAUGCAGCAAGUUGGAACUGUGAUUAAUAAUUCUUUGUUGCGGAAUGUUAGAAUGUUUAUGAGUGCUUGCUAACUUUUAAGUUGUUAAUGAAGUACAUGGCCAUGCUAAACUUUGAGAGUAAAAUAUCAGUGUUUCGAUUUCUAUCAAUUGGUUUCUCUUAUUCUUUUAAUAUCAAUCAUUCUCAAGAGUAAUUCUUCUGUAUAGUUUCAAUGAAUGAUAGCAGAUCUUAAAACUUCCUUGUGAUUUUGUAUAGAUGUGGAAUAAAUAUUGAUUUUGCUGCUCAUUAGGAAUAGUGCUGAUUGACUAUCCUACAUCUAAACAGAUGGCUUAAUAGCAAUAAGAAAAUAGAAUAGAGCAGCAAGUUGAGGAGUUAUCCAGCAAGUUUGGGAAAAUUGGGCAGCUAUGAUUUGGCAAAUAUGUGCUUAAAGGCUAAAAAAAAGUGACCCUUUAUUUAGUUAAGAAUAAAUGGGCGUUCCCCAUGACACUUUUCAAAACUUUUACACAUUCAUGGAGAAUAUAUUUUUGUAACAGCCUUCUCAUUCCUACACUGAAGUAUUGUAAAUAUUACAUGCACAUAUGAGUGUAACAAGUUCUCCCUCAGAAUAUCUCUCCUAGGCUGUGUUCUAUUGAACCAAAUUUGAAAGCAAUACCUUGCAUAGUUUAAGGGUGGGUCUCGACAUUACUUUUGGGUUGAUGUUGGAUACUCACAUAUUCAACAUGAGAGGUACUAUGCAAGGCUCCAGGAUGUGAAAGUAUUAUCUAAAGAAUGGAAUUGAAUCCUCUAUGUUGAGAAAGAGACGUGUAUUAUGUAUGUUACUAGGGCAUCAAUAAAUAAAUGCUUGGCAACAGUA